CACGUUGGGAAUCGCCGUAAUGAGUCGUCCUCUGACCGUAUGACAUGGAACUAUCAGACGAAAUCUUGAUAUUAUCGUAAAAUAAUGGAAAAGCAGGUCAAGUCAAACCACUGCUAUGUUAUUGUGUCGUUUUUAGUGUAACAUAAACCCACAAAUCGUUCCAAAGAUCCACCAAAACAACACGCAGCGUGCGUAAUGGCUCGCUGCUCCAGUCCGGAUUUUCCAUGCGAGGCGCGCCGGAGCCCUGGAGGUGGAUAAGCUGGUAGAGCCCGCUCUCUCUCAUGCCAUGCUGGGCCACAAGGGCUCCGGGAGACGCUGCUACAUAUUACGGAGAACCGGGAUGGAGGAGAGGCGGAGGGAGGAAGAAAAAAGUUUCGUUUAAACCUGCCAGAGAAACUCUCAACAUGAAGCCUCACUGACGCACCAUUCUACCACCGCCACAGCAGCAGCAGCAGCGCUACAACAAAGCUUGCCUUUUCCACUGAAUACAUUUUUUUCCCACCUCCCAGCUUGUGUUUUCUUCCUCUCGUGUGUUAUUUUCUGUGAGCGCGGCUGGUCGGAGCUUGCUGUCACUGCGCGCUGAGAUGUUGGAGUGACCAUGGCUGCGCAAGUGGCAUCGGCUCCGACCAGAACUAAUAACAAAAAUAAGAAAUUACCCAGCGGUUUGGGUCCGGAGCUCAACUCGGGGAAAUCCGGAGGAGGAGGAGGAGGAGGGACCGUGCAGCGAAUUGGACCGAUGCUGGGAGCCGGAGAUGGGACUCUGAAUAAUGUAGACCAUCACCGCCGAAACGAGCUCAACAUGGUCCAUUCAACUUCCACGACUCACGGCGCGCCGGACGGCCACGACAAGGAUGGAAAUAACCUCACGUCUAACUCGGCGUCGACUAAUUCAACCACUUCCUCGAUGGAAACGGGUUUGAUCGCGAACCACAAGCUGAAGUGUGUGGGGAGCGGAGAUCCCCCUCAGUCUCAGCCGCUGCCUCAGCAGCAGCAGCCGCUGCAAUUCGGCCAGUUUACGCCACAUCAGCAGCGGCAGAUCCAAAGUAACAACACUGUCAACAACAACGGCCAGGGGCCCCGUGGAGACAGAGGCAUGGAUCACCAACACCACGGCGGCAAAGAGAACCUGUUGGGGGAGCCACAGCAGCAGCACAUGUCAGGUAAAGGUGAGGGGGAGCUCACCUGUAAACCUGCGGAGAGGAUGACGACCUCCAGGUACGAACAGUCUAACUUAGGGCCAAACAGUAACAACUCUGAGUUUAACAACAACUAUUACACCCCAAGGCCCUGUUAUGAUCAACAUGGCGGACAGCAGCAGCAAAGCAGCGGGAUGGGGAUAACGCACUCCUCGGCGCACAACAGCAUGGAGAAUUCCCACGACGCAGGUUUCCACAACAGCCAGUACAACCACCAGUACCCGGCAUACCGGGCGAGCUACGGCGGUGGGGCCUACGGGAUGAUGGGCCCCACUGGAUGCCGCCAACCUGGGAACAUGAUGAUGGGCAGCAACUCAAACACAGGCCACGGCAAAGCUCCUCUGGGACCUGGUUCUAGUGGCUUUCAGCGGUUCCCGGGGCAAACUCAGCAGCAGCAGCAGCAGCAGCAUCACCCCUCGGGUGCCACACCGACCCUCAACCAGCUGCUGACGUCCCCCAGCCCCAUGAUGCGGGGCUAUGGUGGUGCCUAUCAAGACUUUAGUGGCCCCACAUCGCAGCAGCAGCAGCAGCAGCAGCAGGCUGGCAUGAGCCUGGCCAAGGACGUGGGGCCCCAGUAUGGACCCGCAUCUGCUCACGGCUGGGGAGGACAACAGAGGAACCACCCGCAUUCAAUGAGCCCGGGUAACGGAGGACAAGGCCUCGGCAGGACGCAGGUGUCCUCCAUGGACUUUAUGGCUAUGAAGCGGUCGCAGCUGUACGGCAUGGCCAACAAUCCUUACUCCGCUCCACAGCAGCCAGGGGGUGGACCAUACCCUCCUAACCAGCCAUAUACGUCGCCGCCGCCACACCGCUAUCCAAUGGGCAUGCAGGGGAGGGGCCAAAUGGGCCUGGGCGGAAUGCAGUAUCCACAGCAACAGCAGGUGGCGCCGUAUGGCCAGCAGGUGAUGGGGGGCUACAGCCAGCAGCAGCAGCAGCAGCAGCAGCAGCAGCAGGCAGGGCAGCAGGGAACACCUCCGUACUUCAGCCCCCCUCAGCAGACGCCUCCAGGCCCCAGAGAGAGCCCCUACCUCCAGCCUCGACCACCUCCACAACAGGAGGCCCAGCAGGAGAGCUACAACUCCAGGGGUCCUGCCCCAGGGAACUCUGGGAAAGCGAACAACGAAGACGGCGUCUCCCACGACCGCCCCUGCAGUCUGCCGGACCUGUCCGGCUCCAUUGAUGACCUCCCCACAGGGACGGAGGCCGGUCUGGGCUCAGCCGUCAGCGCCGGUGGCUCGUCCUCCAGCAGCAGCAGCAGCAGCCAGGGGGAGCAGGGAGCCGCGAGUAACCAGGGACAGUCACCUUUCUCCCCGCACGCCUCCCCACACCUCCCCAGCCAGAGGAGCGGGCCCUCUCCCUCACCUGUUGGCUCGCCUGCAGGCUCCACCCUGUCCCAGCAGUCCCGGUCUGGUUCUGGACCCAUCUCUCCUGCCAGUGGCCCCUCUGCCAACUCCACCACCGCCGCACCAGGCUCCACUGUGGCCACACAGAACACUGGAAACGGACCGGAUGGAGGCCACCCACCAAACACCCGCUCACCUAUGGCUCAGGACAGAGGAUUCAUGUCCGGCAUGCAGAGGAACCAGACCGCCUCCCAGUUUGCGUCACCUCAGUCCGGACCCUCCAUGUCCCCACACCCUUCACCCGGGGCCCCGUUGUAUCCUGGAAUGGUUCCGUACUCCCAAAGCGGUCCCACGGGCGCCUAUGGACCACAAGGAUCACAGUAUGGACCUCAAGGGAACUACCCUCGGCCCUCCAACUAUAAUAGCACGGCCAGUGCCAGCUACAGCGGCCCGGGCAUGACCAACAGCCUUGGAAUGAACGCAAGCAGCCCGAUGCAUGGCCAAGGUCCCGGCCAGCCCGUACCUGUGGGUCGUAGCCCAGGCCCAGGCAGUCAGAACAGGGUGUAUCCGCCCAUGGCUCCCAGCUCUCCCAGCAUGCCUCAGCCAGCUGGUCCGGGCAUGGGCCCGCCUUCUUUGGGUGGUUCUAACCGCAAGGUUCAGGAGGCAGCAGCAGCCGCUGGAAUGCCGGGAUCUGCCAACUCGACACACAACAGGCGGCCCCCAUAUGUCAGGUCCCCAGCACAGACGCAGCCAACACAACCUACCUCCACCCACUGGCCUGCACCUCACCCUGCCUCCAUCUGUCCACAUCCUUCUCCUCCUCCUCCUCCUCCUCCUCCCAGACCUCAGCACCCAUCCAUCCUGCCACCCUCACACUCACACCUCCAUAGGCAGAGCAGCUAUCAAGGCCCCCCCAACGUCAACCAAGCAAGCAACAUGGCCUCCACUGUCCCCUACAACCAGCCAGCAGCCAACAACGCCUCAGCUUUGGGAAACUCACAAGUUCCAGCCUACAGUGCACAGCCUUCAGGAGCUAUAUCGACGUCAGGAGACGGCGUGAUGAGUCCAAACGGGAAGCCAAAAACGGACGUGAAAGAGGAUACAGGCCCCGCCCACGAGCCUCACAAACCAAAGCAACAGGACGGCUACAGCAACAACAACAACAACAGUAGCAGUGGCUCCCAACAGUGUGUGUCGCAGCCCACCACGCCAGGUGGUGCCCUGCCCGUGCCCUCGCCGCUCUCGCCCAGCCCCGCCAGCCUGUCGUCCUAUCACGGAGACGACAGCGACAGCAUCAGCAGCCCCCCAUGGCCGCUCAAGACGCCCGCCAGCCCCAAACCCAACCCUAACCCCUCCUCUCUCAGUGGGGAGCGAAUCGCACGCCUUUACGAGCUGGGCGCGGAGCCGGAGAGGCGGAGUUGGGUGGAGCGUUACCUGACCUUCAUGGAAGACAGAGGCACGCCUGUCGCCCAACUGCCCGCCGUGGGCAAGAAGCCGCUCGAUCUGUGGAAGCUCUACAUGGCUGUUCGUGAGAUCGGAGGCCUCGCCAUGGUGAACAAAAACAAGAAGUGGCGUGAGCUGUCCACCAAUCUGAACGUCGGCACGUCGAGCAGCUCCGCCAGCUCCCUCAAGAAGCAGUACAUCCAGUAUCUGUUCGCCUACGAGUGUAAGAUGGAGCGGGGAGAGGAGCCGCCGGCAGACAGCAGCAGCAGCAGCAGCAGUGGCAGCAGCAGCAGCAGCAGCAUGGCUGGAGGGGAGAACAGGAAGCAGGUCAAGAUCCAGCCGCCGUCACCUGCGAAUUCAGGCGGCUCACUCCAAGGUCCUCAGACGCCGCAGUCGUCUGGCAGCAGCUCUGCAGCGGAGGCGGCGGGGGAUCUGAAGCCGCCCACACCUGCUACCACCCCUCUGGGACAGGUCACGCCACUGCCCCCCAACAGGAGUAGUGUGAGUGUGCAGGACCCCUUCUCUGAGGUGAGUGACCCGGCCUUCCAGAAGCGUGCUCCCUCCCUGCCUCCCACCGCUCCUUACCAGCAGGGCCUCAGCAUGCCUGACAUGAUGAUGAGGAUGCAGUAUGAUGCCAAGGACCCGUUCGCCGGGAUGAGGAAGAUGGCAGGAGCUGAUCCCUACAUGCCGGGCCAAAUGCCCAGUGGUGGCAUGCAGGAAAUGUACGGUCGACCCCCAUCUGCACUGAGCAUGAACCAAAGGUCACAGUAUCCGUACGGGCCGGGCUACGACAGGAGGCCGGACCAUGUGAUGGGGAUGGAGGGGAGCAUGGGUCCCCCUGGAAGUCAGAACAACCUGGGUCCUUCCAACAGUGAAGGCAACAUGUACUCUCCCAGCAGAUACCCUUCACAGCAGAGACACGAUGGCUACGGUCAGCAGUAUCCCAGCAUGCCGUAUGGAAUCCAUCCUUCUGGGAUGUACCCGCAGCAGCAGCAGGGCUACAAGCGGCCCAUGGAGGGCAUGUACGGCCCCCCGCCCAAGAGGCACGAGAGCGACAUGUACGCCAUGCAGUACGCCAACCAGCAGCCAGACAUGUACAACCACUACACCGGUGGCUACUCGGGCCCCGAACACAGACCCCUGCAGGGACAUUUUCCCUACCCUUACCCCCGUGACCGCAUGGGCCAUUCUGGACAGAGCCAGCACAGUAUGAUGGGUGGGGGCCCCACAGUGAACCACACCACUGACGGGCCCAACAUGUGGCCGUCCAGGACAGACCUGGGCUAUCCUUACCCCAACCGACAGGGGCCGCCGUCUCAGAUGACACCGUACGGCUCGAUCGGCAGAGACGACAUGGACGUGCGGCCCGGGCAGGAGCCGUGGCCCCGUCAGUCGCCCUAUAUGUCGUCGUCGGGGGGGAUGCCUCCUCUGUCGUCACGCCAGCCGUCGUCUUACUCCAACUCCUCGUCCAUGGGCAAUCACCUGCCCAGGGCCCCCAGCCCGGGAGCUUUCCAGCGAUCUCUGGACUCUCGGAUGUCACCCGGCAAAGUGCCGUUCAUGUCCGCCAUGAAGAUGCCUAAGCCUGGGAUGGCGAUGAUGCCCUCGCAGGGCAGCGGACCCCUGGGCCAGUUUCCUCCCAACCUGAGGAGGGAUCUCAACUACCCACAAGGAUCAAUCGAGGCCACCAUGCCCAUGCUGAAGCCUCGGCGCAGGCUUACCUCCAAAGACACUGGAACGCCUGAGGCGUGGCGUGUCAUGAUGUCUCUGAAGUCGGGUCUGCUGGCAGAAAGCACGUGGGCUCUAGACACCAUCAACAUCCUGCUGUAUGACGACAACACCGUGGCCUCCUUUAACCUCUCACAGUUACCUGGAUUCCUCGAGCUUAUCGUGGAAUACUUCCGCCGCUGCCUGAUUGAGAUCUUUGGCAUCCUGGAGGAGUUUGAGGUGGGGACUGUAGCUCAUAAAAGCUUUCUGGAUUCUGCUUCUAACCACGCAGGAGAAGAAGAAGAAGAAGAAGAAAAAGAAAAAGAAAAAGAAGAAGAGCAAAUCUCAGACCAAGAAAAAGACUGUGCUGUUAAACCUGAAUCAGAGUUGGCCCCAGCUAAAGAGACGCAAGUGCAGCGGGUCGAAGUUGUGACGGAUGAAGCUCCGCCUACUGCUGCAGAGACGGCUGUGGUGAACGGUGACAUGGAGGAGGAGGAGGUGAAUGUCAAGAAGGAGGACAAGAACAAAGAAGAAGAGGAGAAAGACAAGAAAGAAGAAGAGAGUGAAAAGGGGGCAGAGAGUAAAACUGAAUCUCUGGAUAAGCCUGUCACAGACCUGGAACCUAAACCUAAACAGGCCAGCAAGUACGAUAAGCUCCCGAUCAAGAUCGUCCACAAAGAGGACCUGGUUGAAGACAUGACAAAGCACUUAGGUUACAUCACUGAGUUCACGAGUGGGCUGCUGCACUGGCAGGCUGGUGGAGGCGACUCCACUGCGCACAUUCAGACACAUUUUGAACCCCGGCUGGCGCCGCCCGCGAGCACGGACGAGAAGAUGAGAAAAGAGAGCAAGCAGGAGAACGCGGCGCAGGACGAAGGCAAGCAACCACGGAAACAUAUCACCGCGACCAUCGAUGAUGUCCUGUGUGCUCGGGUUGACGCCCUCUCAUACACCCACCCCGCACGCUCCCUGCCGUCCUACCCCUUCAGGGUGCACGCCGAUGGGGAGCCGGACUACAUCACGCUGCUGGAGGACGAGCCGCGCUGCUUGGACGAAGCGCCGCUCUCCACAGCGUCCAGCUGGCAGGACUCGCUGUCCAAGCGCUGCCUCUGCAUCUCCAACAUCGUCAGGAGCCUGUCCUUCAUCCCGGGCAACGACUCGGACAUGUCGCGCCACCCCGCCCUAGUCCUCCUGCUGGGCAGGCUGCUCCUGCUGCACCACCAGCACCCAGAGAGGAACCGGUCACAGCCGAGCUACCUGCGGGACGAGCAGCAGGAGCGCGGGCUGUCGAGUAACAAGGAGGAGUGGUGGUGGGAGUGUCUGAGUCUGCUCAGGGAGAACGCCAUGGUCACGCUGGCCAACAUAUCCGGGCAGCUGGACCUCUCCACUUACUCGGACACUAUCUGCCUCCCCGUCCUGGAUGGACUACUCCACUGGAUGGUGUGUCCCUCCGCUGAAGCCCAGGACCCCUUCCCGUCGGCGGCACCUCACUCGCAGCUCACUCCUCAAAGGAUGGUGCUGGAAUGCCUCUGCAAGCUCAGCAUCCAGGACGGAAACGUGGACCUCCUGCUGGCCACGCCACCGUUCAGCCGCCAGGAAAAACUGUUUACAGUCUUGGUUCGCUAUGUGAGUCAGAGGAACACCCAGGUGUACCGGGAGAUGGCAGUGGCCGUCCUCUCUCACCUGGCACAGGGGGAUCCCACGGCAGCGCGCGCCAUAGCCAUGCAGAAGGGCAGCGUGGGUAAUUUGGUAGGCUUCUUGGAGGAUGGCGUGAGCAUGGCACAGUACCAGCAGAACCCUCACAGCUUGCUGCACAUGGGGCAUCCGCCCAUGGACCCGCCGAGCAUUAACAUGAUGUGCAGAGCAGCCAAAGGCCUGUUGGCCAUGGCUAAAGUGGGCGAGAACAAGAGGGAGUUUGUGUUGUAUGAGAGCAGAUUAUUAGACAUCUCCAUCUCGCCGGUGCUCAGCGCAGGAGUGGCGGCCAUUAUUUGCCAAGUUCUCUUUCACUUGGGGAAGUUAUGACAGGAGGAGAGGCGGGACAUGCGCGGCAGACCCUGACGUGGACACGAUAUUCCCGUGGUUUGCUAUUUUUUAUUUAUCAAAAUGACAGAAAAUGUUUGUUAUGUUUUGAGUUGGAUUGAGUUUUUUUUGUUUUUUUUCCACAUAAACAAAAGUAUAUAUAUAUAUGUAUAGCUUUCAGAGCCCUGUCACUAAACUGGGCUUAAAAGGUCAUUUUAAUACAAAUAUUUAAUACCUGCCGGUGUUGGAUUGCUACGUACGAUGUUUUAAUUUUCGCGGUUUGUGUUUGUUUUUGUUUACGUUGUCAGCCAAAGCUGCCGCCAGACUCUGGUGCUGAAUUACAUGGUUCCUUUUGAGUCGAUGAGUCAUUGAGAUGUUUUUCAGUUUUAUAAACGCUAAUAUACUCAUCAACAUUUUGUUAAACGAGAGUAUUUAUUUAAUAUGUGACACUGUACAGUAGUUUGAACUUUUUUGCCAACAGAUGUGGGGGGUGGGGCGGAGUGGGGGCGGGGCGGGACGGCGAAACACUGACUUUUUAAAACUUAAAUGUAUACGUCUCCGUCGCUGGAAGAUAAAUUGUGCAAUAUAGGACUAGAGCAAGUUGUCCAAUGUUUGAGAACAUGGGGGGAAAAAAAUCUUUUAAAGACACCUGCAGUGUGUGCUUUAGGCCACGAGGAGGCGGCGUUGCACCAGCCAAUCAGCAGAAGAGCGGAUCAUCUGUCAGAAGAAGUGUCUAAUUUAUCAAUCAUAGCCUCAACAUGUUCCACAGAUGAACUUUGUGUUCCCCUAAAGCACUCGUGUCAUGUCUGUAUUUUUACAUCACUGUAUAUAAACCGUUGUACAAUGGACGCACACAUGAUCCUCUCAGUCUCUGUCGAGCAUAGCAAGAGAUGGGACUUUCUGAUUAUUAUUAUAAUAAUAAAUGCUUUUAUUGUUGGUAAAAUUUGUUAUUGUUAUUAUACAUAUUUUGUUAAUGGGGUCAAAUAUUUGAACAUGAGCAGAUGUAACUGAUGUUUCAAUGUAAAAAAAAAAAACAAAAAAAAAAAACAACAAAUCCUGUAUGCAUUGUAUUAUAGCUGAGAAAACAAUCGCUUUGGUAAUCAGACGUGGACGUGCCGGGGUGAGAGGAUAUCUAACGAGAGGUCACAUGAGACACACAUUUCUGUUUGUUACUGUCCUCCAUUUUAUGUCAGUGGGCAUAUUUCUUUGAAUCGAGAUCAUGCUCUAAAAGAAAAAGAUUCUUCAAAAAUGUCCUGAACGUUCAUUGUAAAAAAAAAGAAAUGAAAAAAAGAAAAUCUGCCUCUUUUUUUCGAUUGACUCAAUGUCCCUCUCUCUCUCUCUCUCUCUCUCUUUUAUUCAGUAUACACAUUUAUACUCUGUGCUGCACAUGUCACGAAUAAACGUACGAUGAACAUCUUUAA